GAAAAAGGGCGGCUUGAGUGCACGAGCACGAACAGGAAGCGGAAGGAAGUGGAGCCGACGGCAGCAAACCUCUCACGCCAAUUGCAGACUUGCGUCCAAUUGACCUCAAACUACCCGAUCAAUUGACGCCAGCACACACCGUGGUCAACCGGGGCCACAGCCAGCAGAGACGGUCUCUUUGAAAUAGUGCAGCAUCUCAUUUCGCAAUGCUGUCCCGAGCUGCCCGCCCGGCGCUGAGGGCCGGUGCUGCCGUCUCGUCCCGAGCGGCCGCUCCGACAGCCACCUUCGCGACGCUGCGUGAAAUCGAGGGCCGCCUCAAGUCGAUUCGCAACAUCGAGAAGAUCACCAACACGAUGAAGAUCGUUGCCUCGACCAAGCUGACGCGUGCCCAGCGCGCCAUGGGCGACUCGCGCAAGUACGGCGAGACUAGCAACGAGGUGUUCAAGUCGGCCGAGACCAAGUCGCUCGAGGGCGAGGGCAAGAAGAAGCUGCUGGUCGUCUGCAGCUCCGACAAGGGUCUCUGCGGUGGUAUUCACUCCGGCCUGUCUCGCUACAUCCGCCGGAGGUCGCAUGAGGACUCCAACUUCGACCUCGUCAUCCUUGGCGAGAAGUGCCGCUCGCAGCUGCAGCGCACCAACGCCAAGAACAUCGUCCUCAACUUCGCCGGCGUUGGCAAGGACGUCCCUACCUUUGCCGAGGCCCAGGCCAUCGCCGACCAGAUCGUCCAGCUCCCCGGCGACUACUCCGACAUCGAGAUCGUCUACAACAAGUUCAUCAACGCCACCAGCUACGAGCCCGCUGUCAUCACGGCUUUCAAUGAGGAGGCCAUUGCUGCGUCCCCCAACUUCGCCGCCUUCGAGGUUGAUGAGGAGCUGCUUUCCAACCUCCGCGAGUACACUCUCGCCAACUCCCUCUACUGGGCUCUGACUGAGGGCCACGCCUGCGAGAUCUCGGCCCGUCGCAACGCCAUGGAUAACGCCUCCAAGAACGCCGGCGAGAUGAUCAACAAGUACCAGAUUCUGUUCAACCGCACCCGCCAGGCCGUCAUUACCGGCGAACUGGUCGAGAUUAUCACUGGUGCUACUGCCUCGGAGGACAUGUAAGGGGUUUCAGAGCGCGUAGUUCCCAUAGACCGAGGGGAGAAAGAGAGCGCGGGUUGCAGCGGCGACGGGUUUCGUUCUUUCUCACCUGCGUAAAGCACCACAGUAGAGAGAAGGAGGGAGUUUUUUUCUUCCCUUUGUAUAUCAAGCAGCAGAGACUUCGCCCUGCAUCCGGCCCUCAGUGUACCAACGCCUUCCAAUACAAAAUUUCUUUCCGAUCUUAUUCUGCAUUUCAGGAAACCAUUUGCC